CAAAACUCACUUCUAGUUAUUUCCAUCCUUCAUAGCUUUACGUUCUCCAAACUCUCCAAAACAACACGCAGUACAAAAUGCCUCCCAAUAGCAAAGAAUGUGAUCAGAAUGAAGUCGCCAACCAACAACGCAUGGAUUCUUUCAUCUCCAACUCCUGCUAUCCCCUCACUCUCCAGUUCGUGGAUAUUACGUAUCGCGUCAAACUGGACCCAAAGGCGGCCAACGCGGGGACCGGAAUCAAGAGAAUAUUGCAUGCCGGCGCGAAGAAUUCCCCGGCGACGGUCCCCAAAGAGCGAACCAUCCUGAAUGGCAUCAGUGGGAUCGUCUCGCCUGGCGAGAUCCUCGCGGUCCUUGGCCCGUCGGGGAGUGGGAAGUCCACUCUACUAAGUGUAAUUGCUGGCCGGCUCCAGGGGAAGCACUCCGGCGCCGUGCUUGCCAACGGCCGCCCACUUACUAAACCGGUUCUCCGGCGAACCGGGUACGUGGCCCAGGAUGACGUGCUGUAUCCUCACUUGACCGUGAGGGAGACGUUGGUUUUCUGCGCGAUGCUCCGGCUGCCUCGGACGGUGGCGAAGGCGGAGAAGGUGGCAGCGGCGGAGGCGGUGGUGGCGGAGCUGGGGCUGGGGAAGUGCGCCGACACGGUGGUGGGAAACGCCUUCGUGAGGGGGAUCUCCGGCGGCGAGCGGAAGCGGGUGAGCAUCGGCCACGAGAUGCUGGUGAACCCGAGUAUACUGCUUCUCGACGAGCCGACGUCCGGUCUGGACUCGACGGCGGCGUACCGGCUGGUGGCCACCCUGGCCGGGAUCGCCCGGAAGGGCCGGGCCAUCGUGACCUCGAUCCACCAGCCGUCGAGCCGGGUCUACCAGAUGUUCGACUCGGUUCUUUUGCUUUCAGAGGGGAAUUGCUUGUAUUUUGGGCGAGGAAGGGAGGCCAUGGAUUAUUUUGGUUCGGUCGGGUUCGCUCCCCGGUUCCACGUGAACCCGGCCGACUUCAUGCUGGACCUCGCCAACGGGGUUGCUCAGAUAGACUAUCAAGGAGAUGCAGAUAAGUCCGACGUCAAGCAAUCUCUUAUCACCUCCUACGACAAAGUGUUAGCACCAAAGGUCAAAGCCUGCGUUUCUGCUGCCGCUGCUGGAGAUGCUGCUGAAACUGGUAGCGAAAGUUCCACCGUGAGGAAGCAGAGAAAUUGCAGUAGCAUCAGCUGGUUCAGCCAGUUCAGCAUCCUCCUGCACCGAAGCCUCAAGGAAAGGGGGCAUGAAACCUUCAACUCCUUAAGAGUCUUCCAAGUCAUGGCUGCAGCCAUUCUAGCAGGAUCCAUGUGGUGGCACUCCAACAUUCAUGAUGUUCGCGACCGGCUCGGCCUUCUGUUCUUCAUCUCUAUAUUCUGGGGGGUCUUUCCAUCCUUCAAUGCCGUGUUCACUUUCCCACAGGAGCGCGCAAUCUUCAUCAAGGAGAGGUCCUCGGGCAUGUACACUCUGUCCUCCUAUUUCAUGGCUCGAAUGGCUGGUGACCUCCCCAUGGAGCUUAUCCUCCCCACUGUCUUUGCACUGAUACUAUAUUGGAUGGCCGGGCUCAGGCCGGAGCCAGGAGCAUUCAUGCUGACACUGGGUGUGUUGCUUGGUUAUGUUCUGGUGGCACAAGGACUUGGUCUGGCCCUCGGUGCAGCCAUGGUGGACGCGAAGCAGGCUUCCACUGUGGUCACAGUAGUCAUGCUAGCAUUCCUUCUCACUGGGGGGUUUUAUGUUCAAAAUGUGCCGAGCUGCAUGACCUGGAUGAAGUACACCUCCUUCACCUUCUACUGCUAUAGGUUGCUUAUCCACGUGCAAUAUAGAGGAAGUGAAUUGGCUACUUUUCUGGGUUUGUCUCACCAUGGGAAAAGAAGGGAGACAGUAGAAGAGGAGUUGGGGGGGCAGCUCGGUUCGGUGGCGUGCAUUGUGGCAUUGGUCGCCAUGUUCGUGGGGUACAGGCUUUUGGCAUAUCUUGCUCUCAGGCGCAUCAGAACAUGAACACAGGUGGGGGCUUGGGAUAAUUUAAGUUUACCAUAUUGGAUGUGGGUGUGGAGUUAUCGGGUACUGGCACAACAAUGAGGGAGCAAAGAGAAGUCUAGCUGAACAUAAAAAGAUGUGUACUGAAGCAAGCAAAUGUACAUUUGUGGUCAAAACAUCAUGUUUAAUUAGGAUCCUAACACUGAGAUUAAUAACUAUUAUUACUCAAUAAAUAGAAA